ACUGGUACGCUUACAAAAGGUCAAUUAGAUGUCACACAUUAUGAAAUUAUAAUGAAUAACUUGGAAUUGACAAAAGAAACUUUCUUUGUGAUUGUUGGAGCUGCUGAAUCUUUAAGUGAAUAUCCUCUUGGAAGAUCCAUUGUGAAUUAUGAAAAGAAAUUAUUAGAUCUUGAAACGUAUGAUGUUGACGUUUCGAUUUUAAAGCCAUUGCUGGGUUAG